GGAAUCUUCUCUUCCAAUCUUCUCCCGUCUUCAAUCCCUGGAUCUGUGUGUUUAUAUAUAUACACCCCUCCGACGAGGGCUCCUUCGCUUCGUACCAAAAACACGAUUCGAGUUUCUAUUUCUCCGAUUUCUGUUUUCCUGAUCUUUGAGGUUCUCGAAAGCUGGCUUCCAUGGCGUCAUUCAAAGCUUCGCUUUUGCUCAGUUCCAUCGACGGUGAGUGUUCCGGAGAUGGUACUUUCGGACAGAGACGUCGUGGGUCCGGUUCGGUUCAUGUUAUUAUGGGUCCCAUGUUCGCAGGGAAGUCCACAGCUCUGCUCCGCCGGAUCAAGUCGGAGAUCAGCGACGGCAGAAGCGUUGCGAUGAUAAAAUCGAGCAAGGAUACGAGGUACGCGAAGGAUUCGGUUGUGACACACGAUGGGAUCAAAUUCCCUUGCUGGGCCUUGCCAGAUCUUAUGUCUUUUACUGAGAAGUUUGGAGAUGAUGCUUAUUCUCAGCUUGAUGUGAUUGGCAUCGAUGAGGCUCAAUUCUUUGGAGAUCUUUACGAUUUCUGCUGCAAGGUUGCGGAUGAAGAUGGGAAAACAGUGAUAGUGGCAGGCCUAGAUGGCGACUAUUUGAGAAGGAGCUUUGGUCCUGUUCUCGACAUUAUACCGAUAGCUGAUACCGUGACAAAGUUAACUGCCCGUUGUGAGCUUUGUGGCCAGAAGGCUUUCUUCACACUAAGAAAGACCUGCGACACUCAGACGGAGCUGAUAGGGGGAGCUGAUGUCUAUAUGCCUGUCUGUCGCCAACAUUACAUCAAUGGGCAAGUUGUCAUCAAAGCAACAAAGGAAGUUUUGGACAAUGACAAAGCCGAAACUGAAUCCUGCGUUGAGAUGGUUGUGUAGAAAUGAACUCUAAACGUUGUUGCAGUCGUGAUCUGCUCUUAUAGUUACUUAUGGUCUGUCUUCGUCUUCUUCUGAUCGCCGACGUUUACUUUUUUUACUGUCUUGUGUAUGUACAGUAAAAUAUGAUGAAUGCAAAUGAAAUUUACUUCUCU